CCAUGGAAUCUUAUGCCCACAGCAUAGAGCUUGUACACAGAGGCCGAUCUCUUGGGCAUCCGCGCUUUCCAGGGGCAGCUUCACCAUGGUCUACAUACCUGCCAGCAUGGUUUCCAUGCUCCUCGCCCUCCUGUCAUGUCUCAUCCUCUUUACCCACGCCUCCGGUCUCCAGGGCAUGGUUGCCCGACGCGGGGUGCUCGGCGUCCCUAACAUGUCGGACGCCGCGGAGUUGCGCCACUUCGAGGUCGUGCGCCGGCAGUCGGCGCAAGAAUGCGGCCCCCAGGGCGGCAACAGGCGAUGCCCCAACAACCUGUGCUGCUCCGACUAUGGCUGGUGCGGCGACAGCCUGGACCACUGCGAUCUGCGCUGGUGCCAGGCCCAGUUCGGCCGCUGCGGAGACGCACCGCCGCCGCCACCCACGACCACGUCCACAACGAGCACUACAAGCUCUAGGACGACCACAAGCUCUAGAACGACCACAAGCACGUCAACUACUAGCACUACGUCCACGUCGCCGCCGCUGCCGGGUGGCACACUGAUCGUCAGCCCCAACGGGCAGUGCGGGAACGUCACGACGUGCGCGGGCUCGGGGUUCGGGAACUGCUGCUCUGAGUGGUAUUGGUGCGGGAAUGGGCCCGACUACUGCGCCACUGGCUGCCGUUCUGCCUUUGGCUCCUGCGGCGGGGUGAGCUCCUCGUCGUCUUCUUCAUCCACGACUUCGACUACCACAAGCACUAGCUCUUCCACCAGCACUGUUCCAAGCACGACCACCACAAGCACCUCCACGUCAACUUCCUCCACAAGCUUGGCCCCGCCUAGGCCUACAGAUGCGAGCACGGAUGGACGGUGUGGUCCUGAGGGUGGCCGGCAGAGAUGUACGGGCUCGGACUUCGGACCGUGCUGCUCGGACUAUGGGUGGUGCGGUGAGGGGGCUGAUCAUUGCGAUGCGCGCUGGUGUCAGGCAGCCUAUGGGAGAUGUGGGUAGCAACUAGAUGUCUAUGUCCUGUAGGGUAUCUGGGUGCUUGGAAGUCCUGGGUUAGAUCUGUAGAUUGUUCCGGAAUUCGAGAGAUAGAGAGAGCAGGUGUUGAAGACCUCGUAUUCCAUUGAGCGCCCACCUACAAACACUUGCAUCUGAACAUGAGGCACGCGGUCGUCUUGCG